UCUUUAUACAUAGUAUAUAGAAUUGCGAGCUAUUGAAACACAACGUUUAGAGUUUAGAGUAACAAAUAUCAUCUGUAUAUUCAAACAUUUGAAAUUUGAAAGUUAAUAGUGUAUAAAUGUAAUCCUAUAUUUAGAAUUAAGGGAAACUAAGUAUCAUAUUUCAACUGCAUUCAUUUAGGAAUUUCAAUAAAUUUCGAGUACUUGAAUUGACUCGCGUAGCUGCGUGACACGAGUUUUGGGAUUUUGGAGAUCAAACGAUCAAAAGGGAUAGUGACAACUCAUUUUACGUUCGUUAAUCGUUACCUGUAAUUGCGUGUACAAAUGCAUACAACGUUUAACAUUUUAAAUUAAUUCUGCGUAGCUAAUCGCCCGUGUGUUCAAGAAUUUGAAAGAAAGUUAAACAUUCAUUUGACAAAUUAUCUUUACAGCAAUAGGGAAGUGAAAGAGGUUAUCUGUUUGAUCAGAUUUCUGUCUCUUGAAACGUAAAUAUUGUCGCAAUGGCUGGUGCAGUGCUAUUUGAAAGAGCACAGGCAGUUUCAAUGACAAAUCGCAGUGAAGGUAUUUCUCUUUUAAACGAGAUCAUCUCCGAUCCUAGCAUUGGUAUCGCUGACGAUGAUGAAGACAAUAUUCGAGUAAAAGAACAAGGCAUUUUACAUCUUGGUGAACUUUACAAGAAAGAAGGCAAAGCAAAGGAAUUGGCCGAAUUGAUUAAAGCUACUAGACCAUUUCUUAGUUUAAUUAGCAAAGCCAAAGCCGCUAAGCUUGUACGUUCAUUAGUAGAUUUUUUCUUGGACCUAGAAGCUGGUAUUGGAAUUGAGGUUCAAUUGUGUAAGGAAUGUAUAGAAUGGGCAAAGGAAGAGCGUCGAACAUUUUUAAGACAGUCAUUGGAGGCACGUUUGAUAGCACUGUACUUUGAUACUGGUAUGUACAGCGAGGCGUUGCAGUUAGGAUCAGCUUUACUCAAGGAACUUAAGAAACUCGACGAUAAACAACUAUUAGUUGAAGUUCAAUUAUUAGAAAGUAAAACGUACCAUGCUCUAAGUAAUUUAGCAAAAGCAAGAGCAGCACUUACCAGUGCUAGGACAACAGCUAAUGCAAUUUACUGUCCACCCAAAAUGCAGGCUGCUCUAGAUUUACAAUCUGGAAUUUUACAUGCUGCUGACGAGCGAGACUUCAAAACUGCAUAUUCUUAUUUUUAUGAGGCAUUUGAAGGGUACGAUAGUGUUGAGAGCCCCAAAGCUUUAACAGCACUGAAAUAUAUGUUAUUGUCAAAGAUUAUGUUACGCACACCCGAGGAUGUUCAAUCGAUUAUGUCCGGAAAGUUAGCAGUUAAAUAUGCAGGCCGGGAUUUAGACGCAAUGAGAGCAGUUGCAGAAGCAAGUCAUCGACGAUCGUUAGCAGACUUUCAGACUGCUGUAAAAAAGUAUCGCGAUGAGUUAGAAGAUGAUGUGAUUGUACGUGCUCAUCUUGGUUCUCUGUACGAUGCCAUGCUUGAACAAAACUUGUGUCGUUUGGUUGAACCUUAUUCUCGUGUACAGGUCAGUCACAUCGCUACCUGCAUAUCAUUACCUCUCGCCCAAGUGGAAAAGAAACUCUCUCAAAUGAUAUUGGAUAAAAAAUUGAGAGGCGUUCUUGAUCAAGGCGAAGGUGUUCUAAUUGUUUUCGAGGAUACUCCGCGUGAUAAAACUUACGAACUCGCAUUGGAUACGAUACACAGUAUGGGAAAAGUCGUAGACACACUUUAUCAAAAAGCGAAAAAACUCACUUAGCCAUGUUUAAUAUAUACAUUCUUUUAACAGCCCAGAUUAUUAUAAUUAUUAUUACCAUCAGCUAUCGUUUCGUGUUUUUAACAAAUUAUUUAAAUCGUAUAUUUCAAUAUUCAUUAUAUAUUACUUAAAAUGACGCGUUUCUGCUUUUAAAUAUGUUUAUUUCCUUUAUGCUAUAUGAACUGGAAUACCAUUUACUUUAAACUCUUAGGCAGUUCAAUUGAAAAUACUUUUUUUCGUUUACACAUACAUUAUAACAUGUAUAGCAGAUGCCAGUAUGUGCAUUCAUUCUUUUUGCUGUACAUGUAUGUCUGUAUAACUGUAAAAUGUCACAUGCAUUAGUACUUCUUUCAAAGAGCUUUUUUUCUUCCGGAAAAAAAAUUGAAAAAAUAACACAGUGUUGUGCAAAUUAUAAAAUAUAGUACUACUAUAUAAAAUGAUAUGCUAUUCAUUUAUAUAUCCCACUCGAGUUAUUAAAAAAUAAGGUGAACGUGCGCAAAUUUUUAUCACUAUUAAUUAAAUAACCAUUACAUUUUGAAUUACACAUCACCUUUACAAGAGAACCGAUCAAGUAGGUGUAAUUAUUAUUUCCUCUUUACAACAUUAAAUAUUGUUGAUAUGUAUCAGUCAUAUAAAUACAUAUAAUCUGUUUUGCCACCUACUUUUAUACUAGUUUCUAGAUAUCUUAAUUAUUCAAACAUCAUAUUCAAAGAUAUUUCGUACGUUAUUUUACGAAUUAUGUACAUUAUUUAAAGUCAAAGAAAUGGAUA